UAGGGCAGAGACGCAUUACAGCCGAGUGGAGGUGGAGUCUAAAGGUGGGGAGGGAGAAGAAAGGGGAGAGGAGGAAAACGGGGAAAGGCAGAUACAACAGAAACGGGGGGAGGACGGUGAAUGAUUUACGCUUUAAAAGUUGCAUUACAACAAACUUAAGAGUUGCGGUGAAGAGGAAUAAAACAAGAUGAUAACGCCCUACUUCCUAGAGAAUUUCUGGGGGGAAAAAAAUAAUGGCUUUGAUGUGCUCUACCAUAACAUGAAGCAUGGCCAAAUUUCCUCCAAGGAGCUGACAGACUUCAUCAGAGAAAGGAGUACUAUUGAAGAAGUCUAUGCCAGGUCAAUGACCAAACUUGCCAAGUCAGCUGGUAACUUUUCUCAGCUUGGGACAUUUGCUCCAGUGUGGGAUGUGUUCAAGAGCUCGACAGAGAAGUUGGCCAGCUGUCACAUGGAGCUAGUGAGGAAACUACAGGAACUUAUAAAGGAGGUUCAGAAGUACGUGGAAGAGCAGGCCAAAGCACACAAAAAGACAAAAGAAGAGGUGGCAUCCACCCUGGAGGCCGUCCAGAACAUCCAGACCAUAUCUCAGGCUCUGCAGAAGUCCAAGGAGAUUUACAAUGCCAAAACUGUGGAGCAGGAGCGCCUCCGCAAAGAGGGGGCCACCCAGAGAGAUGUAGACAAGGCUGGAGUGAAAGCCAAAAAAGCCACAGAGACCUACAAGUCAUAUGUGGAGAAAUAUGCCACAGCUAAGUCAGAAUUUGAACAGAAGAUGGCAGAAACUGCACAGAAAUUCCAAGACAUUGAAGAAAGCCACAUACUCCACAUGAAGGAGAUCAUUCAAUCAUACUCACAGUCUGUCGAUGAAACACACAUUCAAAUAGGAGAGCUCCACAAUGAAUUUGUGAGGAACAUUGAAAACACCUCUGUGGAGAGCUUAAUACAGAAACUGGCUGAGAGCAAAGGAACGGGCAAGGAGAGACCAGGACCCAUUGAGUUUGAGGAGUGCAAUGCAGCUAUUGCUACUGAAGGUGCUAAACCCAGAAAGCGAAAACCGUUCGGCAUCCCAGGUCGUAGGAAAGACAAGGACACAGACUCCACGGAGUCUACAGAAGUUGAAGCUGCUAACACUGCCAAUGGCGCUCCCCCUGGAUACUAUGGGGCCAUAGACAUCCAGAAUGCUAAUGUUCCCCAAGUGGAUGCAGAGGGCUUCUGUAUCAGACCAGAAGUAAAUGAAAACGAUGCCAAAGAGAAUUCCUUCUAUUCGUCCAGCGACUCAGAGGAUGAAGAUGAACCCAGGAAGUUCCACGUAGAAAUCAAGCCCGUUCAGCCAAACAAUAGCACGCACCAGAACCGAGCCACCAUCGAUGAGCUUAAAGCCUCCAUUGGAAACAUCAUCCUGUCGCCCUCAACCUCGGGACAGAUGAGGAGGAACCAGUCCAGGAUCACAGGAGUGUCUACAUUAAGCUCUAAGGCUCAGGGCCCUGGUGAUGAGCUGGCAAAAACCAGAGUGCCAACAUCAUAUGAACUGACUAACAACGACCUUCUGUCGCUGGACCCAUUCAGCCCGACUCUCGCAGCAGGCUCCUCCUUGUCUGUGUCCUCAUCAACAGUGUCAGUACCAAACCGACCUACGACCCCGCUGACAGCUGGAGCCCUGGUGCCCCCACCACGACCCUCCUCCAGGCCCAAACUCGCUACUGGAAAACUCACAGGAAUAAAUGAGAUUGUACGGCCGUUCAGCCCACCCAAAACGUCCAACGCUAGUCCUCCUCCUAGUGCACCACUCGCCCGGGCAGAGAGCUCCUCCUCCUUGUCCUCGAAUGCCUCACUCAGCGCAGGCAACACCCCCACUGUUGGAGCUGAGCACACCUUUGCUCACCCCCUCUCCUCCCCAGAGCCAGAGCUGCUCUCCCUUUAUCCUUUCUUUCUGCUAAGCCAAAAGGAUGAUGUCUUCAUAGCGAAGCUGCCUACCUUUGAGAAGCGGUGUGAAACACCAGCAGGGACGUCUCGCGGUCCCAGCCCUGUGACCCUGGCAUCCCAAGAUGCUUUGCCCAUUGCCGUGGCCUUCACAGAGUCGGUUAAUGCUUACUUCAAAGGAGCUGAUCCCACUAAGUGCAUUGUGAAGAUCACAGGAGACAUGACUCUGUCGUUCCCCAUGGGCAUCAUCAAGGUGUUCACCACCAACCCCUCCCCGGCCGUCCUCACAUUCAAACUGAAGAACACCAGCAGGUUGGAGCAGAUCCUACCCAACCAACAGCUGUUAUACAGUGAUCCUUCCCAAAGUGACUCGAAUUCCAAGGACUUCUGGUUCAACAUGCAAGCACUGACGUCCUACCUCAGAAAAGCCUCAGAUCAGAAUCCUUCAGCUUCCUACUAUAAUGUGGACAUCCUAAAAUACCAGGUGCUGUCUGAUGGGAUUCAUUCCACUCCUCUAAACCUGGCCGUAUACUGGAAGUGCACACCAAGUACAACAGACCUGAGGGUAGACUACCGCUACAACCCGGAUUCCAUGGCCUCUCCUGGGCCGCUCACCAACGUACAGAUCUUAGUGCCCGUCGACGGAGGGGUCACCAACAUGCAGUCUCUGCCCAACUCCAUAUGGAAUUCAGAGCAGAAUAAGUGUUUGUGGAAGCUGAGUGACAUCUCAGAGAAGUCUGAAAAUGAAGGUGCCGGAUCUCUGAGGGCCAAGUUUGAACUGUCAAAUGGCCCCUCAAACCCCUCAACUAUGGCAGUGCAGUUUAUGAAUGAUGGGAGCACCCUGUCCGGAGUGGACAUGGAGCUACAGGGGGCUGGAUACAGGCUUUCUCUCAGCAAGAAGAGAUUCGCCACAGGACGUUAUAUGGCAGAUUGCUGAGGUGACCCACCACUCUGGUUCUCAA